AUGUGGUGGCCAUGGAAGCAGAAGGAGCCAGCGGCGCCUCAGGCCUCCGCAGUUGUGAGCAUCAGUACGCCUACCGCGUCCGUGGAAACACCAGCACAGACCCUACCUUCCCAAGCACCGCCGCCCUAUGAAUCUGAUAUACCCGAUUUCGACGAUAAGCCUGAACCCAUUGUCAUGCCCUUCAGUACCCUUCUUGUGACAUCCGCCUUUGGCAUGGGCUUCUUCUCAGGAUUCUUGCAAGGCGCUCGUCAUACAGCCCUAGUAUUUCUCGCUGAAAAUGCACACCGUCGCCCAGAAACAGUGCAGGGCUGGUACUUCUAUAACAAGACCAAAUACUACCGCAUGCUCCUCGGUGGAUUCCAACGCGGCGCAGGUACAGGUCUGCGUCUCGCCGGAUGGGUUGGCGGAUGGUGUUUGCUAGACGUGUUGACAGAGAGCGGGCGCAAGUACUGGGCUGAGCAGCGAAACAGGCCCAUCAUGCCAUCUCAUGAGGCGCUUGACGCAUACCGCUUGGGGCACUGGUUCGACGGAAGUGUCGCUGGUUUUGCUACAGGGCUUAUUGGCGCGGUAUCCUUCGCUGGCGCUACGACCGGCGCCCUACGUGAUGUUCGGCACCAUCUCAUGCAUGGACAUGAAGCUAUCCAAUAG